AUGGAGCCUUCCGAGGAGCGGCGUCAGGUGCUACAUUAUGCUGCAGUCCAUGGCCGUGCGGACCUGAUCUCCUUGGCGAUUGAGCAGGAGAUCGCGGCAGACCCGACGGGCGCUUCUCCAGAGAAGGUAACCAAGGCAUUGCUCGCCUGGCAGAACGAGGACAAGGGCACCGCUCUGCACGAAGCUUGUCGUGCUGGGCACGUGGACGUGGUGCGCCUGCUGCUGCUCCGUGGGGCUCCCGCGAACGAGCGGGACGCUCUCGGCAGGGCUGCCUAUCAGGUGGCUGCAAGCGAAGGGCCUGCGGAGAGGUCGUCCCAGCUUCGCGCGGCCUUCGAAGCCGAGCUGUUCAAGCGCUGCGCCCAGGGCGAUCUGGCCGGCGCAGAGGCCUUGGCCGUUGGCGGCAUCGACCUGAACUGCGAGCAGGCCGGCUACAGCCCCUGGGCCUGGGCCGAUCUCUUUGGUCAGAGCUCCCUGGCAGAGCGCAUGCAGGAGUUGGCUCACGGCGGCGGGGCGUCAGAAGCGCCGCUUCCGGAAGCGCCGCCGGGAAGCCCCCCACCGCUUUCGGGCAGUGCUCGCAGUGUUGGCUCCCUCGAGAGUGCUUCCGCUUCGAGCUCGAAGCCGAGCUCAGCGCCGAGCCGUCCAGCGCACCUGCCGCUUUGGCCGGCCAUGAGCGCUUACCUCGACGAGGACGAGGACGUAUGGCUGGGCGGCCGCCAGGUGACGGUAUUCAUGCCCCUGCUGGACUGGACCAGAGCUGGCAGCCUCCGCGAUGAGCUGUCUUUUUGCUUGCAGGCACUUUGCGGUGAGGGUGGGUGUGAACCACAGCUGCGAGUUCCUGGUGGCCGUCACGGUUCAGAUCAGGAGCUCCACGUGGACGUGUGGAUGGACGAGAAGAGCGGGAGCGGAAGCUCCGCUGCCUACGAACUCCGCGUCCAGUCGUCGGAGCUCCACGUCACCGCGGGCUCCCUGCAGGCCCUUUACGUGGCCUUGGAAUCCCUGCGGCAGCUUCUAAAGUUCCACGCCGGCGCCGGGGGGAGCCUCUUGCGACUGCCACGGCUCCAUGCUUGGGGGCGCCUGGGCCCAGGCCUUUUUGGCGUCUUCCUGGAGCUCUGGCGCCUGGAGCCGCAAGAGCAGGUCCUGGCGCUGCGGCAGCUGCGGGGCCGGGGCGCCAGGCAGAUCUGGGCUCCCGUGCCGACGCUCUGCGACGGCGGCCUGGCUCCGGGGCCCCGCAUCUGGCAGCUGCGCAGGACCUGCAGCGAGCUGGACGUGGAGCUGGUGCCCAUCCUUGCGAGCAGCGCGAGCAUCGAGCUUCUGGCCCAGUUCCAGGGCUGCAGCCAGAUCGGGUGUCGGAGCGGGGAGCCGGCGGAGCUGGCAGCGAUUUGGCAGAAAAUGAUGGCCGCGGGGCUCCUGGUGGAAGGCGCUGGCAGCAGUGCGCGCCUCUGCGCCGUGCUCGACGAGGCGGCCGCUCCCUCGGCUAAACCUCCGCUCCCGGCCAGCUCCGCCCGACGACUUGAGGAUCUCCUUGCCUGCGAGGGUGGCAUCCCCUCUUCCAGGUUCGCUGUGCUGUUCGAGACUCGCUUGGAGGCCAAUGCAGAGGUCCUGAACGUGAGGGCCGUGAAGGCAGCGAGUCGAUUGCAAGCCCGCGGUGUCUCUUCUGGCCUGCUGGUUCGGAGCCCUUCAACUCUUCCUUUCCACGUUUGGCACUGGCAACCUUUGCCAGGGACGGCUGCUGCCCUCGCUCAGCUGACACGGCAAGUACAGCUUGCACAGCUCAGCGAAGUGCUCCUGGAGGUCCCCGUGUUCGGCGCGCCCUGGGCGGGUCCCGGCACUGCUUGGCGGCCCAGUUGGUGUCCCCUCUUCGCUUUCUUAGCAGGCGCCCAGGAUGCGGAGGCCCUGGAAGCCUUGCAACAGCCAUCCUCCAGGCGACUGCUUCUCUGUGGUCUUGUGAAGGAUGCCCCCAGCGAGGAGUUGGCGCGGGAGCUCUGGGAGAGCUCGGCGGAGCUCCCCCAAACGGCGGAUUCGGUCGCUUCCGCGCUCCGAGAGACGCCGCAGACGCCGCUCUCGCCCUCGGACUUCCUCAGGAGUCUCCUGGAGCUGCUGGCGGGCCUUCUGCCCCGCAGCCUCGACGAGGACCGAGACGGCUGUAUCAGCUCGGCAAACGCAUGGUAUGCGCACCUGUCGGAGCGUCGACAGCGGUUACGCGAGUUCCUCGAAGGACAUGAAGCCGUGUCCCAGCACGAAAGGGCAAAAUGUGAACUACUUCCGGAAUCGCGUCUUCUUAUUGCAUCGGCUUUGACAGGAGUGGAGUGGCUGCGCUUCAGCUGCCGCCUGCUCCUCCUGCUGGCAAAGCACUGUGAGAAGCAGAAAGCAAAGGAGUCCAAGCUCCACGCCGCCCUGCAGGCUCUGCCACCGGCCAAGGGCAGCGAUGUGCGGAAUGGCUUCUUGAGCCUCUUGCACCAGACUUCCAGCGAGUUUGAGGAGAUCGAGACCCCUGAGUCAGAGGUGUCACUUCCUCUUCAGGCUGCCCAGGCGUUGUGGCAGGGCGGGCUGCGUUUGGGUGCGGCCUUGGACUUGCCACCCUGGAAAGCUGCCUUCUGCACGUGA